AUGGACAACUCCAGUCGGUUCGUUGGCGACGUCCAAAGAGCUGGUUUGAUAGAUUUCCCCUUGCUGGACACUUUGAAGCGGGUUUUGGAUGGAGCCGCGGCUGGAUCAGGAGGAGCCGGUGGUGCCAUUCUUCUUGAAGGCAGCACAUUGAGGACAGCCGCUGGAGCUGGACUGGACUUGAUGGCCGCUCCGCCGACGGAAUCCCCCAACCUGAUGCCCGCCUUCUGGGAUUCCCCGCUCAGUCACGGAAUCAAUGUGAUCGUGGGACUCGUCCUUUGCUUCACUAUGCUGGGAUUGGGCUGCACGGUGGAUGUGAGCCAGCUCGGUGAACACAUCCGCCGACCCAUCGGGGUGCUGCUGGCCCUGGUGUGUCAGUUUGUGAUCAUGCCCUUGGUGGCCUUCCUGCUGGCUCUUGCCUUCUCUCUGGAUGAUGUGGCAGCGAUGGCUGUUCUCCUCUGCGGCUGCUGUCCGGGAGGAAACCUGUCCAACAUCAUGUCCCUGCUGGUGCACGGGGAGAUGAACCUGAGCAUCAUCAUGACCAUCUCCUCCACGCUGCUGGCGCUGGUGCUGAUGCCGCUGUGCCUGUGGAUCUACAGCCGGGCCUGGAUCAACACACCUGUGGUGAACCUCAUGCCCUUCGGGGCCAUCAUCCUGACCCUGUGCAGCACGCUCAUCCCCAUCGGGCUGGGAGUCAUGCUGAGGUACCGUUACACGCGUGUGGCCGACGUUGUUUUAAAGGCCUCCCUGUGGUCCCUGCUCGUCACCCUCAUCAUGCUCUUCAUCCUGACUGGAGCCAUGCUGGGGCCGGACCUGCUCUCCACCAUCCCUCCGUCCGUCUACGUGGUGGCUAUCCUGAUGCCUAUGUGUGGCUACGCCGCAGGUUACGGCCUGGCCAAGCUCUUCUCCCUGCCGCCCAGCAGCUGCAGGUCCGUCUCCAUGGAGACCGGCUGCCAGAACGUGCAGCUGUGCACGGCCAUCCUGAAGCUGGCCUUCCCCCCCCAGCUGAUGGGAGGGAUGUACAUGUUCCCUCUGCUGUACGCCUUGUUCCAAGCUGCUGAGGCCGGCAUCUUCAUCCUAGCCUACAGGAUGUACAGGAAGGAGGUCCUGCACAAGCCCGACCCCACGGCCGACGGGGGGGAUAUAACGUACCAGAGGUUUGAGGAUGACGAGGACUUUGACUCGUCUUAUGGUGCAGUGACAGUGAGUGACCCCAACACCAUCAUGUUGGACCCCUGUCCUCCUCAUCCAACCCCUGUUUAA